AAUAAGAUUUAACUAAAAAUAGAAGAUUUUUUUUGCAAAUCCCUUUCUUUGAUCAGAUAGUGAAAGCGAUUCUAUAUUUGCAGAUCGAUCUCCGAGUUCGCUAAAUCGCCGGGAACUUUUACUGAAUAUUUGAGGCAGUCAUGUCUUCGGAUCCUGACAAAAUGAUGUCCAAAGCCGACAAAAUGACAAAGCUCACGCUUACUAGAUGGAGUGCUGAUUGGAGAGGUGCUACUGAGUUGUAUGAGCAAGCAGCAAAUGGGUUUAGAGCAUCAAACAAAUAUGAGAAAGCUAAAGUGGCUCUCGAGAAAGCUUCAAAAGGACAAGAGAUGCAAGCUUCUCCCUGGGAUGCUGCAAAGCAUAUGGAGUCUGCUGCUGCCUUAGCACAGAAGCUAAGUAUUUGGAAUGAAGUUGUUGAUUUUUAUAGAAAGGCGUCUGAGCUGUAUGUUGAGUGUGGAAGAGCACAACCUGCAUCAGAUGCUCUUGGAAAGGCUGCCCGUGCUUUGGAAGAUGUCAAACCAGAUGACGCCAUCCAACUAUACACUGAUGCUUGUGAAAUUCUUGAAGAGGAUGGAAGGGACCAAAUGGCCUUUGAUCUGUACCGUGCUUGUGCUAAUGUCUACAUAAAGCUCGAGAAGUUCACAGAUGCUGCAACCUUUUUCUUAAGAUUGGGUGUUGCUGCUGAUAAGUGCGAUGCCACAAAUAGCCAGUGUAAGGCCUAUCUCAGUGCAAUCAUCUUAUAUCUGUAUGCUCAUGACUUGCAGCAGGCAGAAAAAUGCUACAACGACUGUUCUCAGAUUGAUGCUUUUCUGAAGAGUGAUCAGAGCCGAAGUGCUAGUAGACUUCUCACAGCCUAUAAUGAAGGUGAUAUUGAAGAAAUCAAGAAGGUGGCGAGUUCAAGCACUGUCUCGAAUUUGGAUCAUAUGAUCAUCAAGUUGGCUAGAAAGCUACCCACUGGAGAUGUUACUGCAAUUCAGAUGAACACUAAUGACGAUCUAGACGAGGAUGAUCUCACUUAAAGUUUCUCCUCUUUGUACAGAUUCAGAUUUCUCUACGCUUUGCUUCUUUACAAGCCAAAGAUUAAAAAAGAUAUAUUAUCAUAUUAGUUCAAACUUCAAAGUAUUGUGUGUGAAUGAUUCAAUUAAAACAAAAGCAAACACAUCUAAAGUCUGUUUAUUUUUAUUUGUUAAUACAGAGGCUGGUUUGCUAUUCUUCAUUUGACAAGAAUUUUAAUAAACAGUUCAAUUUAAA